AUGGCUCCCACAAGACGAGCCCUGCCCCAUGAGAAAGGAGAGGAUGGCAUUUUGACCAUAACAGCCUUCGAGGGCGCGAUUACGGUGCGCGUGCUGGAGCCGGGCGAGCGGGCAUUCCUGUUCGACGCCGUCUUCCAGACUCGCCACCGGCACUUCCAGGGGGCGCCCAAGCCGCCCGAGCACUUCCACCCGUUCCAGGAUGAGUACAUGACGGUGCUCGAGGGCACGCUUAUUAUCGAGGUCGAGGGCGUCCAGCACGUGGUGAAGGCCGGCGAUCCCGAGUUCACGGUGCGGCGGGGCGUGAACCAUCGCCUCUACCCCCCACGACGCGACGAAGGCCCUCCCGCAGCGCGCGCCGCGGCCGAGGAGCAGGACGUGAUCCGGGUCCUGCUUUCGGGGGAGCAGACAUCCAAGCAAUUCAAGCUGGACCUCGUCUUCUUCGAGAACUGGUAUGCGUACCAGGAUAUGCUGGUCGUGCAGAAGGCCCGGCUCAACCUGCUCCAAGUGUUGAGCAUGUUUGAUGCGGGCGACUCGUACCUGACCCUGCCGAGGUGGGUGCCCUUCCGCGCCAAGGUUUCGCGCAUUGCGGGCGUCGUUGGCGGCCGAUGGAUCGGCGGCCUGCUGGGAUACCAGCCGUUCUACAAGGAGUGGACCACCGAGUGGGACAUUGCGUGCGAGAAGAUGGAGUCGUCCCUCUUCCUGCGGCGGUUCUCCGACAGAAGAAACAAGAAGUGA